AUGUAUUCUAGAGGUAAGCGUCGGAUAGCUGUCAUUGCCCAUGUUAAUGGACCCGUUGGGUGUUGCGGAGAGCGAGCAACCACUUCUGCUCCAGCUGGUUCAAGCAUCAGCAAGCUCGCUCGACACUUUACAAUUGAUAUCUUUAUUCAGGGCGGAAUGCCCAUCACCUUUGAACAGGCUGAGGAAUUGGCCAUCAGGAUUCCUGUCCACCAAGGACAUUCUGCAGUCAUCGUUGCAUAG